UCCAGAUGUUUGGAUUUUUGGAUAGAAAUGGCUCAAAUAGAUGUAGAAAAAGAUGUGGAAAAAAGAUUGCAAAAGUACAUGCAAGACAGACAAAACAGUUCUGAGAUACUUGAAGACAGGGAAUUCCUCGAGUGUCUUGUUACUGUCUACCUUCAGCUGGAAAUUAACCUUUGCGGUGCAUUAUUAGACGAAUUUUUCAGCAAACUGCCAUCAGUACUGCUGCGGUUCAAACGUUUCAACGCUUCAAUUGACUUGAGAGAAUUAAAGGGAUCUCUGAAGAAGCAGGCGAAACAGUUAUUGUUGGAAAUGAACGAGCGUCAAAUGGAAAAAGCUGACGUAAUGGGUGCCGAACCAGUUGCUGAAACAGUUUCUGAGACUGUUCCUGAGAAAAUUCCUGAAAAUACUCCUGAAACAGUAACUGAAUCAGUUCCUAUCCCAAUAAAAGUUGAAGUGAACAACGAUGAUCCGAUCGAAACUGAACUUGAGUCGUUUUUACGGUCAAAAGACACCAAAGUGCCUGAAAACUUGAUGAAAAAGUCAUUUUUGUCGCAAGUUCUUAAAGAAUAUCUAAAUAUUAAAGUAUCUCAUCUCACGGGAGACCAAAGAGGAAAAGCCUACAACGAAGUUCAUUGGAACAUGAGAGCGUUUAAAGAGUGCGUAAAGCGUCGCAACAUCCCAUUUGCCGUUUUAAAGGUCGAAUGGCUCAAGGAAUAUCUCCGACGUCGAAUCAACAGAGCAAUUUCGAGAAUUGUAUCUGGCGAAGUUGUCCCUCAAGGCAACGACGGAGAGCUUCUUCAAGUAAAACAAGAGCUUAUCGAUGAAAAUUUGGCAUCAGAAGCGAAAAACCAAGAAAUUGUAGAAGAACAAACGACAGAAACUCCUGAAAAUAAUCCUCCAAUGGAUAUUGAUGAAACAAUAAAUGACCAAAAUAUCGCUCCAGAUCCACAAAACACACUUGAAGAAGACGAAAUUCCAUUGGAACACAGAAAAAAGCCACGUUCCCGCUCAAAAUACAUUUCUUUUGACUUUACACCGUCAGAAGAAGCUCAUUUCAAAACUUGUUCUUUGAAAAAAGGUUCCGGCAGAGCUAUUUACGAUCAUCUCUAUAUAUCAAAAGACGCCCAAAAAUACAUUUUAAACGGAUCUCCCGCUGAAAGGUCUUCUCGUGCUACUCUUCAGCUCACAGAAUUGCCUUAUUGGCCAGAUGUGGGAAUAAAACUCGUCUUGCCUGACUUUACCAUUACCCGUUAUUGCGCCUCGAACAAAAAGUACAAAUUAUUUGAACCAAAUUACGUGAAAAUUGACAACGAACGCAAUUCAAGCGAAUUUUUCAAACACGACACAAGUAAAACUUCAAAUAGAGUCUUUUCCGGUGCCUUAAUUUGUAGUUAUAUCAACUCGAUGCUUGAAUGUCUCGAAUAUUCGGAAUAUGUGAGUCGAGGACAAAUCAAGUACAUUUUAGAGAAAAUGUUGGAGGAUUUCAGUCAAUUAGUAACUUGCACGGAAAAUGUCUCGUACAGCUAUUUUCUGAACGAUUUCAAGUAUUAUCGAGUGUUCGAGCAAAAAGACGUUGAAACAAGCAAAUCGGAAAUUGUCUUGAAUUUAUGUGAAACUUUCAAUCCUGAGAUCGUUUUCAGCAUUAAACGAACGAAUGAAGAGACAGAAAUCGAUAAAGACAAAAUUUCCGUAUAUUUUAAAGAAUUAUUGGAACGAAUGAAAGAAGGUGAAGAAGAAGUUUUUGAUACGAUGAUCCCAGAGGGAUACUUUUUGUACUGCGUUGGCUGUCGAAAAGAUGGAAAUUCACCAUUAGGUCGAUUUAACACGAAACGAAUUGCGUACUUGUCUGAACAUUUGGGUCCUCAUUGCGUGGAAGAGUUCAAAUGUGUCAAUUGCAAUUUUAGCGGAGACAUUCCUGCACUUGCAAUUCAAAAUUGGAAACAUUCCUGCGAUAAGUUUACAUAAAAUGUUAUUUUUUUAGUAAAAUUUUUUAUCAAAAUACAAGCAAUAUAAAAAAAAAUC